AACCAUACAAAAGUGAAAAGAAAAUAAGACUCGCAUAGAUAUUUGAGAGACGAGGCCGGGAUUGGAAAGAAGUUUCCCGGGUUAACAACUUUAAUGGCAGCUAGGAUCCCCGUGAGGUUUGAGUGGGUAGCGGCGGCGUUACAGGACGUGUCAAGGGUGGGCCUCUGCGAGAGCAGCGGGAGUGAGCACUCGCCUGAGAGUCCUGCCGAUUUGUCCGAUCUUGUGAAUUCUUUCAUCGAAAGAGAUGGCGAAGUUGAUGGAGAUGACAAAGAGGUAGAGCUUGAAAAGGAACAAAACCAUGCAGAGUACUCGCCGGAUUCGUCUGAUUCCGAGACCAAGGAAAUGCUGCGGGACCUGUUUGGUUGUGACGACGACGGUGCCGAUGGUGAUCAUCACAACGAUUUAAAGCAUAAGAUUGGUGCUGAAACAAGACACGCAAGCCGCGGGCUGAUCGGCGACAGGUCGUCCCCGGCUUUUAAACGACAAUUGAUGGCUCGCCUACGUGACAGAGGUUUCGAUGCUGGCAUUUGCAAAUCCAAAUGGGCGAAAAGCGGACGGUUCCCAGCUGGGGAUUACGAGUACAUUGAUAUCAAUAUAUCUGGGAACAGAUACAUUGUCGAAGUUUUGCUAGCCAGAGAAUUCGAAAUUGCUCGUCCGACGGAUCCAUACACAUCGUUGCUGGAUGUUUUUCCACCCAUAUUUGUGGGUACAGUGGAAGAUCUCAAGCAGGUGGUGAGGCUUAUGUGCAGGGCUAUAAAGAAGUCCAUGAAGAGCUCCGACAUGCACGUACCACCAUGGAGAAGAAACGGGUACAUGCAGUUCAAAUGGUUUGGUUCUUAUAAGCGGACAACAAACGAAGUUCCGACAGGGAAAGCACGAUCUGACAACCAUGCUGUUGCCGGAAAACGAUCGGUUGGGUUUGAGGCCUUGCCUGCGAUAUCUUACCAUUGCAGAGUCGAUUUUGCAAGUAAAGUUGGGUUAAGAGUUGGGCAUUUGACUGCAGCUCUAGAGGGCAGUGGCAUGGGCAUGCAGUCGUUAAAUGUAGAAUAAUUUUUAAGUUACUAUCAUUAUUUAUAUAUAUAUAUAUAUAUCUGUGUGUAAUAUGUAUAUACGUGUGUCUUUUUGAUGGUUUGGUGCAUUGCAGUGGUUGGGGACGUAAAUUGUGUGGAAGCGUAAGCUAUAGGAUAUUUCAAUUUUUUCUUCUUUAGGGAAUGAUCAUUACGUCCUUCUACGGAUUUUUGUUGCCUCUUGUCCAGCAUC